AUUAUUUCAAAUAAAAAAACUUUGCAUGAGCGUCAUAAUUCAAUUUCAAUAUUAAAAAAUUAUAUGCACACUGGUUCUCAGUGUUGUCUCUUACCUACUACAAACGAGCCCCUUUUAGACACUAUAAAGAAAUUACCUUUAAAAGUAAAUAAUUGCGUUGAGGAAGGAAUUAAUCCUUCAACGACACUUAAUGACACUCAAGAAAAGACUGAACCGUAUGCGACAAAAAAACACAUAACCACUGAAGGUAAAUUUGAACAAAUUUCUAAUAGAAAUAUCACAUUAGUUGAUGAAAUUAUAGAACAUGAUGAUUUGAAGUCAUGUAUUUCGUUUCCUUUAGAAGCAUCUAAAGAAGGUCGGUUUACUUUAAAAUUGAAUAGACAUAUAUAAUUUUCAAUGAUUAAUAUUGAAUUUAUAUAAAUAAAACAAUUAUUUAAUAAUUUAUUUUGAAUCGUGACAACAAUCAUUUAUUUUUUCAUAAAUUAUUUAGUUCAGGAAUACGUUCAAAUAGACGUGUUAAAUUUCUAUAAUUUGUUAUUUAUAAAUGUACCUAUAGGUUAUAUUUUAUGAUAGUAAAAAGAAAAUUGUAAAUAUUUUAAUUUAUAUUUUAGUAGAUGCGGUGUAUGAUUGGUCAAAUGCUGUAGAGGACUUCAAUAAAACAUACUUGGUAAUUAAAAAUCAUAUAUUCAAUUUUUUUCUAUUUAACUAAUACUGAACACUUUAGUUCUUAA